AUAAUGCCAAGCUGCUGCAUCUGACACAUACGUCUCAACGGGGGAGAGCACAGGCCAAAGCUAUGGCCUCGCAUAGGCACCCCAAAGCUAUGGUUAACACAGCCGUUGCUUCACAUAUGAACGCUCACAUAGGCCCAGAUGUCAUGGAGGUUACUAUGUGUGGUUAUAUGUGUGCUGCUCUUGAGUACAAGCACAUUGGUGGCUUGUGUUGGCGAACAAAGAUACGAAGAGCUGACGGAGUCACAGGGAGCCCGCAUGCACACUAA